AACUGAAUAAAUUUGCUUUGACACGUGCAUGUAACAUGUUUCUGUCAUAGGGAGAGGGCAGUUUUACAAACACCAAACUCCUAUCCGAUUUUCUUCAUUUUAAGAACAGUUGUUGCUCAGAACCUAAAGCGUUAAUUUUACACAGACUUUUCACAAUUUAAAAUGUUAAUUUUCAGUUUUAGAUCGGCCUGUGUUUGAUACCAGAAUGGGGUAUUUAUUUGACCAAAUAUCUACUUUUGCACGUGAUUACGGAGGAUCGGUUGAAGACGGACAAUGACAGCAGAAUGUAUCGUUUUUAAUGUUACCGUGUUACAUUUUCAUAAUUUUGAUAGUGCCGAAUGAUGCGACAAUGGAAAUAAAUCAAAUAAGUCUUCAGAGUAAAGUUGUGAUUGGUGUAUUCUAUCUGAAAGGUGGGGGACGGUUUAAAUCCCCACAUUUUUAAACGGGGCUUGCCGUUGAAAGGAAGAGGGGGUAGGUUGUAGUCAUCUCAUCUGUCCCACAGGAGGCUCUGCUUCCCCGGUCCCCUUUGUUCCGUGUCGCCGGUGUGGGUUUAGUCGGUUAUAGGAAGGCUGCGCUAAACCCACAACAACAAAAAAACAUCGCGGAGAGGACCGAAAAGAGAGGAGCGAGGAAAACGGGACCCUGGAGGAAGUCAGGCGAAGACGGGUGGCGCCUUUUCUGAAGAUAGGAAGAAACAAAAGUUGCUUCUGAUGCGUUCGAUGUUGCGGGGGGAAAGUCGGACAUGCGGAUAGCGGGGUGCGAAAACGACACCUCGAUGGGAGAUUAAGGGGGCCUUUUGCCGGUCGCUUUAGGGAAUCCCGGGUGCUAACCGGUCCUACGGAUCCACGCGGCGGACUCUCCCUUUUUGCUACCCCGAACAUCCAUAUUUGCAUCCCCUCCAGCCCAGGGAGUGGCAUCCUCCCUUUCCCUGGAAGGAAUAUUACAAGUGAACCCUUGUGACUCAACCUGUAAAACAUGGGGAGAGACAGUCACCACUCCCUGGCUUAGUGCCUUCACCGCCAGCUUUCACAGCCUAUUUUUUCACAAACCAUGAACAUGCUCAAGUCCAGCGGGCUGAAGAUCCCCGGGCGUGGGCCCAAGCAUUCCAGCCCAAUGGGAAGAAGCGGAACGUCGAGCUCCCCUGUGCCCCCCAAAGACAACGCUCCGGUCAAGCCUAGCACGCCGCCCAAAGUGUCCGAGGAGGGCGACGAGGUGGCAGGUGACUACACGGUGGGCGAGCAGGUGUGGGUGAACGGCGUGAAACCCGGGGUCAUCGCCUACCUCGGGGAGACCCAAUUCGCUCCGGGCCAGUGGGCCGGAGUCAUCCUCAAUGACCUCCUGGGCAAGAACGACGGCUCGGUGGGCGGCGUCCGGUACUUUGAGUGCCAACCCUUGCAGGGCAUCUUCACCCGACCCUCAAAGCUGACCCGACAGCCGGCGGCCGAUGGCGCCGAUGGCCUCUCCGCCGAGUCGCUCUGCGUCCAUAAUCAGACCCUGCAAGGGGGCGGCGGACCCAUCGGCCAGCGGGCGGUGGCACCACUCCGAGAAGGAUUGCUCAACAGCGCUGUCAAGACAGGGAACGAGUCUGGGUCCAACAUGUCUGAUAGCGGAUCCGUGAAGAAAGGCGGUGACAAGGACCUCAAGGCUGGAGAUCGGGUUUUGGUGGGAGGCUCCAAGAUGGGUGUGAUCCGUUACAUGGGUGAGACGGACUUCGCCAAGGGCGAGUGGUGUGGGGUCGAGCUGGACGAGCCUCUGGGGAAAAACGACGGCGCUGUGGCCGGCACAAGAUAUUUCCAGUGUCUUCCCAAGUUUGGGCUGUUCGCGCCCAUCCACAAGGUGAUCCGGAUCGGCUUCCCAUCCACUAGCCCGGCCAAGGCCAAGAAAAGCAAGCGUGUGGCCAUGGGUGUGUCGUCGCUGGCCCACAGCCCCAGCAGCUCGUCCAUCAGCUCCGUCAGCUCGGUGGCCUCGUCGGUGGGCGGUCGACCCAGCCGUGCCGGACUGCUGACAGAGACGUCGUCACGCUAUGCCCGCAAGAUCUCAGGCACGACCGCUCUGCAGGAGGCGCUGAAGGAGAAACAGCAGCACAUCGAGCAGCUGCUGGCAGAGCGCGACCUGGAGCGCGCCGACAUGGCCAAGGCAACCAGCCGCAUCUGUGAGGUAGAGAAGGAGCUCAGUACCAUCAAAUCACAACACGUACAGUACGUUUCGGAGAAUGAAGGAGCCCUGCAGCAAGUUACGGCCGCCUUGGCUGGCGUGCAGAAAGCCAAGGUGGAGCUCGCCAAUCAACUGGAAGAAGAGAAAAGGAAAGUGGAGGACCUUCAAUUCCGAGUGGAGGAAGAGUCCAUCACCAAAGGAGACCUGGAGCAAACCACAGUGGAGGAACAGAGUCGCAUCGUGCAGUUAGAGGACGAGCUCAACCGAACCAGGGCCGAGGUGGAAAGCCUGCGGGUUCAGCUGCCGGGCCCUGACAGCCUCACCCCAGAGGCCCCCACGGCCACCCGGGUGCUUGACUCCGAGACAACAGCGUCGUUGGCGGUGAGCCAAAAGGAAGCAGAAGAGCUGAAGUUGCUGUCGGAGAAGCAGAACCAGGAAAUCUGCGAGUUGAAGCUGAAGGUCCAGCAGGCCACUAAGGAGAACAUGGAUAUAAUGGAUGUCUGGAAGUCUAAAUUUGACUCUUUAGUAAGCGAGCACCAGCAGUCCUUGGAGGAGCUAAAGGCUUCGUUCUCUGGUAACCGAUCUGCGCCAGAGGAUCAAGAGCCAGACGUUCAAGAGCUACGUGCUGCCCUGGAAGGCCUGAAGAUGGAGCACCAAUUGGAAGUGGAGAACCUGAAGGCCAAGUAUACAAUUGAAGCUGCCAUUCUCACCAAAGAACACGAGGACCUCGCCGCUCGCCUUCGGGAGGCCGAGAAUGCGGCUGGUGGGUUGUCCUCAGAGGAGGUUGCCGACAAAUUGCGUAAGGCCGAGAAAAGGCUAGCGGAGAUGGAGGCGCUUCAGUGGGAGCGUGACAGAAGCGCGCGUGAGCUGAAGGAACGGCUGGAGACUUCAGAAAGCGAGACGUCCGAUUGCAGGGUGGAAAUCAAGAAGCUGCAGGAGGAGUUAAGGGUGACAGCCAAUCAGCUGCGGGCCUUGCAAACCGACCGUGAAGCUAACGUGAUUGAAGAUAACCAACUUUCAGACGACAAGGGAAAAUCAAAGCAGAACAUGGAAGAAACCAUGGAGAAACUGCUAAAACGGGAAAAAGAAGUUUCCACUCUUACCUCCCAAAUCGAAGCCCUCAAAUCUCAAAUUGCAGUUCUGGAGGGUAAAGUUCGAGCAGGGGAAAGAAAAGCCGAAGCCCUCGCCAGGGAGAAGGUGCGUGUGGAAGCGGAGCUUGAAUCCAUGACCAGAAAGUCCCAUGAUGCCUCUGGGCAGCUGCUCAGCAUCAGCCAGGAGCUCCUGAAGAAAGAAGGAAGCCUCAAUGAGUUGCGGGUUUUCCUCCUGGAGUCACGUCGACACUCCCGUGAGAUGGACAAAGACCUCAACCGGGAGGUGCGUAAAGCCGAGUGGAAGGUAAAAGAGCAAAAACUGCAAGAUGACAUCAAGAUGCUACGUGACAAACUCCUUAUGCUGGGCCGCGAGAAGUUCUCCCCGGACCACCGCCGUCAUUCCAUGCUGGACCCCUCGGCUCUGGACUCUGAGGUUACCCGCCUACGCCAGCAGCUGCACAGCACCGAGGACGCGCUGAGGACCGCUUUGGAGCACAACCAGCAGGUGGACCAGCUGGUGCAAGCAAUGGGAAAGCAUCCAGAAAAAAGCCCGAUGCACGGAGCGCACAAAUCGGCCAAUGGAAUUCACCAUCAGGAGCCUGACAGCACUCAAGACGAGAAGCACUAACACCACCUGAGAAAGCGUCAACUGGGACUCGCAGACGAACAUCGAUCCUCCUACAGAUGUCUGACUUUUAAAAUGAAACUGUGCACAGUCGCCAAAAAGCACCUGUUAGCCAGUCACGAGGACCAAGUACUGUAAUUUAAACCUCUGGUGGGAUUCUUCAAAGAAAUUGCCAAUCGGCAAAGGCAACUUUUUUGUUUUACAAUAGAAAAAAUACCUUAAGUCCAAGAAUUUACCACCCGGUGACUGUUUUUUUUUUUUUUUUUAUUCGCUACUUUGAAAUCUACCAAGUGACUCUUUGAGCUAACAAAAAGAACCUUGUGUGGUUUAAUGAUUUUGUUGCCAUGUGAAAGGAUCAGUGUCAUAAACUGUUAAAUCAUUAACAGGUAUUAAUAGGUGGACAUUAGAGUGUACACUUGGGCACUAAGGUACAGUCAAUCAUUAGACUCCCUUAUUAUGCAGAAGCCAGUCAAAAACGUCGAGGCAUUUCCAGAUUUGUAAUGAAGCCAGGAUAUCUAAUUGCAUUGGAUCCAGACAGACCAAGAUACAGUUCCGUUAAUCGAACUCUCGGUGGUAAAGUUACAGUGCUGCUCAAAAGUUUGUGAACCCCCUCAACAUUUUGGAAUUUUCUAUUAUUUCAACCUGAUUUCCUAAUCAAUCAAUUCAGUAGUUUUUUUUUGUUUUUUUAACAGUUGUGUUGUCGAGACUAAAUUAAAAAGAGUUUUCAUCAACUGAUGUAGGUGCAAAAUUGAACUGUUUGGUCACAACCAAAACCGCCAUGUCUGGCGAAAAGUCAACACUGCAUACCACCAAAAGAACCUUCUCCCAACAGUGAAGCAUGGAGGUGGGAAUGUCAAGAUCUGGGCUUGCUUUUCAUCCUCAGGACCUGGACAACUCCACAUAGUCCAGGGAAUCAUGAAUUCUGAGGAAUAUUGUCAAAUCCUAGAACAUAACCUGACGCCAUCUGUUUUGAAGUUAAAGCUUGGCAGAAGGUGGAUCAUGCAACAUGAUAAUGAUCCAAAGCAUUCCAGCAAUACAACCAAGGAAUGGCUGAAAAAGAAGAAGAUUCGUGUUCUGGACUGGCCCAGUCAAAGUCCUGACCUAAAUCCCAUUGAAAUACUGUGGCGGGACCUGAAGCGAGCAGUUCAUGCCAGACGCCCAUCAAACCUCUCUCAACUGAUUGCGUUCUGCAAGGAAGAAUGGGCAAAAAUCCCCCAAAGUAGAUGUGAGAGGCUGAUUAGUCACUACAGAAACCGUUUGGUUGAGGUAAUCUCUGCAAAAGGAGGCGCAAUAUCCUAUUAACUGAAGGGGUUCACAUACUUUUGCACACAUGAUAUCUGAGUUUUUCUUAAAUCAACCACUUUUGUUAAAUAAAGAAUGACAAUAUAACUAUUUCUUUUGUUUCAGUCCAUUAUUUGGAAUGUCAGUAUUGUGGAUUUGGGUAUAACUUAACAUUUAAUAAGGUUAUUUUAGUUUUUUUUUUACAAAAAAUCUGACCAUCGCUGUGGGGUUCACAAACUUUCGAGCAGCACUGUAUUUCAGGUCCCAAGAGUGUAUUGACAGGAACAUGUUCACGUCUGUUAUUUAACACUGGGGCAACUGGUUGAACCCAUUCCAGAAGCAGAAAGACACCAAAGUAGCCAUGAAUGGACUCCCAUUGCUACAGUUCUUAGAGGCCUGCACUAAGUAUGUCCAGAUCUGUUAUUAGACUUCAAUGUAACUAAUUGCACUUGCCCGCACCCCCCAAGAAAAAAAUACAAGGUUUGUCCAGAGCUGUCUCCCAAGUCAUAAGACAACUUGUUAAACCUGUUGUAAAUGCAGACAUACACAAAGUCAUGGUUGGACUGUCAGUUCACCCAUCCUACAAAAAAUUACAAGGAAGGUUUCACAUAUGGGGAAAAAAGGGAAAAUCAAUGAGUCACUGUUAAAUAUUGAAGGCUACAGCCACAGUCAACAAAAAAAUCCAGCUUUCAAGGGUGCAAAACAGGGCACCCGUUGUGGCAAACAUUUGUCCCCAAAAAGAAACACCAAUACACAUGCUAGAGCUACUGUCUGUAUCUGUUCUAGUGCAAAAAAAAAACAUGGGUAAAGGUACAAAAGAAGGUACCACUGCAGCAAAAAGACACUGUGCCUUCUCUGUAGGACUACUGUCUACCCAUUCCGGAGCCCAAAUAGUAUAUUCCUUAAAUUCAAACGUAACUCAUAAAGGUAGUCGUAGACAGUUGUCCUCCUAAAGUUAGAUGGACACACCAAUUGUUAAGAUUCUAAGGCUCUGUCUGUAACAAGGAUGCUCCUCAAUUUUAGGAAAGCAACGUUCCAAAGGCAGGACCUUUAUGGGUACCACCCCUGUGACAAACAUUGUGCCUCAUCAAGGUAUGAAAAUACUUAACUUUGGUGGUGCAGGAACGGUUUCUUGGGCUCAAACCUGCCACCAUCCAAGAUCUUCCAAUGACUGUCCACUAUUUACUCGCUGUGGUUAGUGGCAAAAGAAUCGUGUACUGUUUCAGGAAUAGCCAGUGUCAGGAUUCCUGCUGCAAUGCUUUCUGAGAUUGACAUAUUAAACAUUUACAACCCCGUUUUCUUCUGGCUGGCUCU